AUGGCCGAAGGUGAAGGCUGGCGGCCGCCGCGCCCGUGCGAGGCCUACCGCGCCGAGUGGGAGCUCUGCCGCAGCGCGGGGCACUUCCUGCGCCACUACUACGUCCACGGCGAGCGGCCGGCAUGCGGGCAGUGGCGGCGCGACCUGGCCAGCUGCCGCGAGUGGGAGGAGCGCCGCAGCGCCGAAGCCCAGCGGUCCCUGUGUGAGAGUGAGCGGGCCAGAGUUCGGGCUGCACGGAAGCACGGCCUGGUGUGGGUGCCCAGGCAGAGCCCCCCAGAAGACUGGCACCUCCCUCUGCCCGAGGACAAGGACGGGUGA